AUGUACACCCACUAUGCUUUGUUCCUGGCCAACCUGGCCUCUCUCGCGUCUGCUUGGGCUCCUCCUUCAUACUCAGGGUACACGCUGCUGUGGAGCGACAGCUUCGGUGGCUCGGCGGGAACGCUACCUAGCUCCGGCAAUUGGAAUAUCAUCACAGGAAAUUUGGGCGUGAACGGCGAGCUAGAAACAUACACGAACUCGAAUGUGAAUGUGCAGCUCAGCGGUGGCAGCACGCUGCAGCUGGUGCCCUGGGCGGAUAGUUCUGUGUCCGGCGGGUGGACUUCCGGUCGAGUCGAGAGCAAAUAUAUCUUCACGCCAGGCGCUGGAGUGAUCACGUUCGCCGAGGCCGAUAUCAGAUUUGGCAGCAAUCCCACGACAAACAAACAGGGGAUCUGGCCCGCCUUCUGGAUCCUCGGUGAUUCGAUACGCUCGGGAACCGCGUGGCCAGAGUGUGGGGAACUCGACAUCCUCGAGACUGUUGACGGUCAGUUGACUGGCUAUGGCACUGCACAUUGCCAGGUGAGCCCGGGGGGCAUCUGCAACGAGCCCAACGGCCUGGGUGGCAGCAUCACCAUCCCUGACCAGUCAUGGCAUACAUGGCGCAUGGUCUGGGACCGCACCCCGUCUACGUGGCAGGCCGAGACUAUUACCUGGUACAUGGACGGCAGGCAAUUUUUCCAGAUCACCGGGUCACAGAUUGGCAACUCGGACGUCUGGGCUACGCUGUGCCAUGAUCCGCUAUACUUUAUCCUCAACGUGGCUGUCGGAGGUAACUGGCCGGGUUAUCCCAACUCCAACACUCUCGGGGGUUACGGCAGCAUGUUGGAGAUCGCGUAUGUCGCUGUAUACGCAUCUUGA